GGAUACGAAAGAGCAGCAUGCUCGCCCAUGCCCUCGCAGGUCCCGCCACACGACACAAUCUCCUACAUCACAGUUCAUCCUAUCUACAAUACACCCGUCUUCCUGCUCCGUUGGUAGUUUUGCUCUUCUGCUCAACGACCGCAUGAUUUAUUCCAGGCGGCAAGCUAAGCAGAUUACUUCGAGCGUUUUACAACCGAGGAGGCCAAUUUUGGGGUCUUCAUCCGCAAAAUUACAAAUUUCCAAACAAAGAUGCCAUCUUUAUUACUUGAUCCACUAUAAAUAGAAACCCGAUUGUUAGCUUCUGGGUCACCAUCUCCUUUCCUCCUUUAUCGCUUUCUUUGAUAUAUUUCUCUUCUUCUUCUGGGGUUGUCGAUGGUCAGAGAUCACAAAAUGAACAUCAGUGGUAUUGCCAACUGUGUGUGGGUUUUGUCUGUAGUCUCCCUGUUGGUGGGUUCGGUGCAGGGGAGGAGAUCGUUUGCAGCGGUCAAGAAGCCUGACCCGAAGAAUGCUGCUGCUACAGCUCGUUGGUUGGUCUCCCAGAACUCCUGGGGAGUUCUCAAUACUUUGUCAGCUGAGUUGGGUGGAGCUCCCUUCGGGAAUGUUGUUUCGUUUAGCGAUGGAGAACCUGGCAAAGGUGCCGGAGUGCCAUACUUCUAUUUGACAACACUUGAUCCAACUGCACAAAAUGCGUUGAAAGACCAGAGGUCAUCGUUCACCAUCAGCGAGUACCCUUUGGGAACCUGUGGCAAGGCUGACCCUGAGAACCCUACUUGUGCCAAAAUUACACUCACUGGAAAGUUGAUUUCUGUUGAUGAGAAGUCUAAAGAAGCAGAAUCAGCUCGAAAUGCCCUGUUCGCAAAGCAUCCCGAAAUGAAGGGGUGGCCUAAGGGUCAUGAUUUCCAGGUCUACAAGCUGGUGAUUAAAGACAUAUUCUUGAUAGAUUGGUUUGGUGGUCCUAAGCCUCUCACGGUAGAUGAAUACCUGAAAACCAAAAUAGCAUCGGCGAAGUGCCUGACUUUGUUAACGCUAAAACGGCUAUCAUCAUCAUCGUCUGCUUCUCCUUCCUCUAUUGUGUUUUCGCUUCCUUUCGUCCAUGAAAUGCUUCCCCUUUCUUCCUCUUUCCCCUUAAAACCUCUCACUUCUCCUAUCUUCCCAUUUCCCAUAACGCCAUUUCUCCCGACUAAUAGGCCCAUCGGCAAGACCUUCGUCCGCUGCUCCUUGCCGUCUCCCCAGUCCCGGACCCUCCCUCAAACCGCCAUCCAGCGCAUCGCCGACAAGCUCCGCUCGCUCGGCUUCUCCGAGGAUGACUCAUCUUCCUCCGUCUCGAACCGGCAAACGAAGAAUUCCAGUUCCAACCCGGGGGAAAUCUUCAUCCCUCUGCCCAAUGCCUUGCCCAAGCAUCGGGUGGGUCACACUCUGGACCCUAGCUGGAGCACCCCGGAGAACCCGGUUCCCACCCCCGGGUCGGGCAAUUCGAUUAUCCGCUACCAUGAGCUCAGGCGAGUGGCGAGGAAGGAGAAAUGGGAGAAGAUGAAGGAGGAAAGAGGGAAGGGAAAGAUACCCACUCUGGCCGAGCUCAACUUGCCGCCGUCCGAGCGACGGCGGCUGACGACAAUUGGGAUUGCCGAGAAGAGGAAAUUGAAAGUCGGGAAAGCUGGGAUUACUGAAGGGAUCGUUAAUGGGAUCCACGAGCGGUGGAGGCAGGCUGAAGUGGUGAAGAUUGUUUGUGAGGAUUUGUGUAAAUUGAACAUGAAGAGGACUCAUGACUUGCUCGAGAGGAAAACUGGCGGCUUGGUGGUUUGGAGAUCGGGAAGUAAAAUAGUUUUGUAUAGAGGUGCAAAUUAUAAGUAUCCGUACUUCCUAGAAGAUAAUGAAUCAAAUGAUGAUGGAGAGACCAAGGAGAAAUUGUCACCUGUAAUGGAUGGAAGCUCUGGCGGGAAAACUGCACCAGCUAAUACGGUUCAGCGGAAGAUUGUACAAGGUGUUGGUGUACCUGAGAGGGUAAGGUUUCAGUUACCAGGGGAAGCACAGCUAGAAGAAGAAGCUGACAGGUUAUUAGAGGGAUUAGGCCCGCGGUUUACAGAUUGGUGGGGGUAUGAUCCACUUCCUAUAGACGCUGAUCUUCUGCCUGCUGUUGUUCCUGGUUACCGUCGACCAUUCCGUCUGCUUCCUUAUGGCAUCCAGGCUAAGCUAACGAAUGAUGAAAUGACCACCUUGAAAAGGCUUGGGCGACCAUUGCCUUGCCACUUUGCAUUAGGUAGGAACAGAAAACAUCAAGGAUUGGCUGCUGCAAUAGUCAAGCUAUGGGAGAAAUGUGAGAUCGCGAAAAUUGCAGUUAAGAGGGGAGUGCAGAACACUAAUAGUGAGCUGAUGGCUGAAGAGCUGAAGGUUAUAUUAUGGCAGUGGUUGACUGGAGGAGUUCUUCUUUCAAGGGAUAGGGAGUUUAUUGUGUUGUAUAGAGGGAAGGAUUUCCUUCCAGCUGCUGUUUCUUCUGCAAUAUCAGAGCGAAGAAGGCGGCCUGGAAUCCAUGGUGAUGGGCCAAAGAUAGUACAGAGUACACUAAGGCUCGAUGAAAGUCCUAAAGAAGAACUUGAAAAUGAAACUGAUGAUGGUGGUGCUCCCAGUGACCAGAGAAAUUAUGUACCUCAACGGCAGAAGCAAAGGUCGACUGAGGCAGCCAUGAAAAAGACUAGCGUGAAGAUAGCUGUGACAUUAGAAAAGAAAGCAAAGGCAGAGAAACUUCUAGCAGAGCUUGAGGGAGCAGAGGAACCCAAACAACCUGAGGUGGACAUAGAGGGUAUCAGUGAAGAAGAGAGAUACAUGCUUAGGAAGAUUGGCUUGAGGAUGAAGCCUUUCCUGCUGUUAGGUAGAAGGGGGGUAUUUGAUGGAACGGUUGAGAACAUGCAUCUGCACUGGAAAUAUAGGGAACUUGUCAAGCUAAUAUGCAAAGAGAGAGACUUUGAGACUGCUCAACAAGUAGCGAAGACUUUGGAAGCUGAGAGUGGGGGAAUACUAGUGGCCUUGGAAAGAGUUAGCAAGGGGCAUGCUAUCAUUGUAUAUCGUGGGAAGAACUAUAAACGGCCUGCUUCAUUGAGGCCCCAGACACUCCUAAGUAAAAGGGAAGCAAUGAAGCGCUCCCUUGAAGCUCAGCGUCGUGAGUCUCUGAAACUUCAUGUUCUGAAGCUGACCAGAAAUAUUGAAGACUUGAAAGAUAACAUGUUCAAAAACAUGGAAGAAGCUCAGGGUCUGGAUUCACUUGACAGUUCAAGAUGUGAGGUUAAAGAAGAGCUAAAUGUGGAGUCUGAUUAUCCUGAUCAGCAGUCUGAACUAGUUAUUCUAGAUCAUUCUGAAGAGAACGAGGUUAAAGCGGACCUGAACAUGGGGUCUGAUAAUCCUGAUCAGCAGUCUGAACUAGUUAUUCUAGAUCAUUCUGAAGAGAACAACGAGAUGAUGGAGAAGCGUGGAAGUGAUUCAAACUUCUUGAGCUUAACGGAUGGACUGGAUGUGCUCUCUGAUGGAAUUUCAACUCAGCAGGCUAUUCAGAAUGAAGUUAGUCCAACAGUUAGUUUAGUCGAGACUGCAAGAAGUGAUCCCGAGUCAUUAUUUCAAUCAUCUGAUGAGCAUGCACAAGGGAGACAACUAAGUGCUACGACUGAUAGAGCUGUAAACUCAACCCCGUCUCACGUUUCGUUUAUGUCAGAAAGAAGCCAUUUUACUCCCAGUGUCAGGCUUGACCAUACUCCUUCCAGUGCUGACUGCUCAGUUGGUCAAAACUUAAAAGAUAGCCAGACAGGAACUGCAGCUUCAAGUGUAGUAAAAGGAAAGAAUGAGAUGAUGCCUUCUUCUAGGGUUCAGCUUUCUAACAGGGACAGGCUUAUCCUACGAAAGCAGGCUCUCAAAAUGAAGAACCGCCCGGUACUUUCCGUAGGGAAAAGCAACAUCUUAAGUGGAGUAGUCAAAACUAUCAAGGCUCACUUUCAGAGGUAUCCACUUGCUAUAGUGAAUGUAAAAGGCAGAGCAAAAGGAACUUCAGUCCAAGAGGUGGUUUUCCAGUUAGAGCAAGAAACAGGAGCUGUGUUAGUGUCCCAGGAACCUAGCAAAGUGAUACUGUAUAGGGGAUGGGGUGCAGAAGCAGAAGCAGGCGCUGUAGACAAGAAGAAGCAUAAGAAGAAGAGUCAACCGAGUCAACGAAUUGGAGACGUAAGUGAUGAUGGAGUGAGUAAGGAGACACGACCUGCUAUUUCCCUGGAGCUUAUGAAAGCGAUCCGCCUGGAAUGCGGGCUGCUGGAUAGCAAGCAGAAACACAAUUCUUACAUUUGAAAAACCAGACGACUAGUUGGCUCGUGCGGGAUGAGGGAACAGAAGUUACAAGCACAUCAGCCAGCAUAACCUGCUGGAGAGACCAAUGACAGAAGAAAAGUGAAGAACUGAGGAACCAGACUAUCUGAGAAUUGCAGCUGGCUGGCAACAUGGGAAUAUGGGAUCCUCUAGAGAAACUACUUGGUAGGAAGACCAUUGCUGAGGAACCUAAGCUGUGCCCUUGAGAGCAGAAUUACUGCAAGUCUAUGCAGUUCCUUUCAUAUACUCGAACACUAACAAAAUGUAAAAGUAAAACCGUCUAAUCCUAUGGGCAUGAUCUAAUUUGAUUUCUGUAAAAAAAGUGGGAGUUGGUGGGGGGUGGGAGACGAACAGAAUGUGGGAGAAGGUGGGGGAGGGUGAUCAGUGACAGGGAAAACCCCACCAAAAUGAAUGGCAGACAGAGACUAAACUGCAAUGCGUGCUUCUUCUCUGCACUCCUAUCUUAUGGAUGGAUCUGUCUUUUGGACCAUUUUCCAGUGAAAGCCGGGGGGAAAGUCCUUUUUGUGUCAUCUAUCUUUGCAUCUGCUUUGCAGCUUGUAGGACAGUCUUUCUCCUCAUUUCGUGUAUACUGUACAUCUCUAGGACCCCUUCCCUCCGGCCAUCAAUCAUAAACAAGUGGUGGGGGGAAAAGAAUGUUAGAACAGAAUUAUGCAUUCUGUUUUUGGAUAUGCUUGAACAAGUUUACCAGGAGUUUGGAAUUUCUUUACAUGUUACUACACUGAACUUCAAAUUUGAGACCUCUAGGUGGAAAAUCAGUGAUGAAACUGUUGGAUCGAAGUUUUAUUCGUAUGGAGUUUGAAA